UCGUCACCGAACGAGAGUGGUUGGUUGCCCGUCGCGGAAUCGGGCGGGCGACCGUUGGUGCAGUGGAGCGACGUCGGGUCGAGAACGCUCCGGGCAGGCGAUAGCCGGGGCUAAGUGCCAAAGACUAGCCCUCUCCAGAGAUCACAAGAAUAUACAUUAUGGACCACUCGAGGGACGCGAACGUAUUCCGAAAGCUUGCAACCAGAAGGCGUGCGCACCAGUGACGGACAGCUGUGGAAGAGAUCAAGCACGUCAAAGCACCAAUUUGCCCCAGAAAAGCAUCGUGGAUUCGCGCUUCACAGAAAACGCGAUCCAUACGUUUGCAUCAGCGAGCCCUGAAAAGCCAUGGCGUCGCCUCCCGUUGACGCUUUCCGCCAGCAGCACAGCGGUGACUCGCAGGAUGCGGUGAGCUCCCACCACCGUUGCAAGGCCGCCGCGGCGCGCAGGCUAACGCUGCACGCGGCCGGUGUGCAGGCGCCGUACUCGGCCGCCGUGGCUCGACGCAACGAGCGCGAACGGAAGCGGGUGCACCUGGUCAACAUGGGAUUCGCGUCCCUACGAUCCCACCUUCCCGACUGGCCCGUCGCAUCCAAGAAGCUUAGCAAAGUGGAAACGCUGCGCUCGGCCGUCGACUACAUCACCAGGCUCAAAGAGCUGCUGGGAGAAGCCGCCCGGGAGAACCUCAGACCCCCGUCGUCCAUUGCGGAGUCGUCCCCUUCGGACCCGAGUCCGAGUCCCGACUCGACUGGACAUUGCGGUUCCAGCGACGCUCUCAGGGGAGCCGCGAGGUCGCCCGUGAGCCUAGUGGAUGAACUGGAAGCUUCGAGCGACGCCGGUGGAGACGAAAACCAUUUCCUGGAAUUGGCUCACUGGUUCGGCUACACCUCCUAGCGGCAAUGACUCGACGCCUAUCGUUUGUUAAGCUCCGUUCGCACCACAUUGUUUCAAAGGACUGAGAGGAUU